AUGAGCAACGAUGUCCAAAGCCAUCUUUCGACAACCAACUCACAGACCCGACUCAGGGCAACAACUUCCUCUGCAACGGUCAUUCUUCCGCGAUCCUCUCCCGGCGCGCCGAUUGUUCCUAGCCCGAACCGUUUCACUAUUCUCUUACGGUUCCUUUGUCAACUCGAAGACCAUGGCAAAUCGUCUUGGAGAUUGUUGGCAAUCAAGUGGAUGGUCUUGGUCUACUGUUUCGCAUCGCUUUUAUUCUCCACUACCACUCUCUAUGCGUUCUAUGUCCUCAAUCGCGAGCAAGCUUCUCAAUUGUCGACACCCAUGUCACCAAUCGAAGCUUUGUCCCGUUCACAGCGUUCGGCACGGCUGGCAAGACAUCUUGGCAACGGCGAUGUCAUUGAACCGUUUCUCCUCAACUCGCCGACCACACUGAAUAUGGCAGCCUGCAUGUGGAUAUCGGAAGAUGACUUGAACCCAUUCAUUAAUUGGAGUCGUAACUGGAGCGGUGCUAUCUCUCUUGUGGUAACGACAAAAUGCGAACCGGAAUCUGAACAUCAUCGACGUCUCCUCGCCCGACUCAACUCUCUUCGUCAAGUAGAUCAACUCUCUCUCCAUCUCAUUCACACGACCACCGGUCAGCACUCUCCAGCUCUCUAUCUGAAUCUUGCCCGGUUUUUCGCAACCCCCAAACUCGUAGCGCUCUUCCCUGGACAUCCCAGCCAACACUCUCUGCCUGCAGAUAGUUUCAACUCUCUCUACUCUCUUGUCCCACAGUCAAUCAAGAAACCACUGCUUGUCUCGGCCAAUCCCGUAUCUCCUCUGGCACCUCAUCUCGCACCAAUCGUGCUUCCACAGACAUCCAAGACUUGGUGCACCGAACGAUUGUCGUUUAUGUCGUCACGCGAAGCGGAUUGGAGUGAAUGUAGCUGGCAGAUGUGGCUGGAGGAGAACGAACUGGAACACAUAAAGCUGAACAUGUCCAGCAGCGGAGAUGAACAGCCUUCGUCCGCCAUUCGUCGUAUUCGUGAUCGGAUGAGCAGCAGAUUCCGUGCCGAGAUGUGUGAAGGAGCCGUAAGACGUUUGUCGCCUGGGGAAGUGCAAACCUCCAAGACAGCGAGACGUCAGUUACGAUGGGUGAAGAAUUUCUGUAAGCAGACAGAGAAUAGCGUGAAACAGCAUCGUGGGGCGUAG